CGCUGUGACAGGCUCGGCUCGGCGUUCAAGGAGACAGGAGCCGGACGAUCCUUGAGCGUCCGCAGCCAUCGGAUCGUUUUGAGUCGGUGCCGAAGACCGCAGGGCAGGGGAAAUGCAGAGCUGGGCGCCGAGUUCGGUCCUGGUGACGGGCGCGAACCGCGGCUUGGGCCUCGAGCUGGUCCACCAGCUGGCGAGGGCUGAACGGCCUCCCCGCUACCUGCUGGCCGGCUGCAGGCAGCCCGAGAGCACCCGAGCACAGGAUCUCAUGAACCUGGCAAAGAGCUUCUCAAAUAUAAAAGUGCUUAAAUUGGAUGUUGAUGACUAUGGCAGCAUUCAAGAGUGUGCUGCACAGAUUGAGAAGAUAUUGGGAAACAAUGGUCUAAAUCUGCUCGUAAAUAAUGCUGGAGUCGGCCCUGGUGGAGCCCUUAAUGAAGUUACUCCCGAAUCAAUGAUGAACAGUUACAGAACCAAUGUUGUUGGACCAGUGAUGGUAACCAAGGUUUUGCUACCAUCUUUGCAACAAGCAGCUUGGCUGAAUGAUGAAUUUAAAGCAGCAGUUAUCAACAUGUCCUCCAUAUUGGCCUCCAUAGAGCUAUUUGAUAAUAAAAUUGGAAUUACAUAUGCUUACCGAGCCAGUAAGACUGCAUUGAAUAUGGUUACCAAGUGCUUGGCUAACGAACUAAAACCUCAUGGAAUUAUCUGUGCUUCAAUGCACCCUGGCUGGGUCCAAACAGAGAUGGGUGGUGAAAAGGCACCAUUAACUAAAGAAGUAAGUGUUCGUGGAACUCUCCAAGUACUGUCGACGCUUUCAGCCAAAGAUAGUGGAUCGUUUCUAGACUGGAAAGGCCAGCACUUACCUUGGUGAAGAACAGCUUACUAUGCAAUGAGAUAUUAAUUUCACUGUUCAAAUGAAUAAAGGCUACAGCAUAUAACUUCAGUAGUUACUAAUGUUCAACAAUACUGAAAUGCUUUUGAAAAUUACUGUUUUUGAUAUUUACAUAAUUUUUCACAAUGAUGGCUUAAUAAAAUUAUUGCAAAAUUUUUAUUUUAAGUCAGAAUCAUACAGCAUGGGACCUUUGGCCCAUCAAGUACCACUAAGUCUACUCUAGUUUCACUUUUCAGCAUUCAGCUUGAAUGUUAUGACAUUUAAUCACAUUAAUAAUUUGUGCAUAUCUGCUUUCUAACAUUUUAAUUCAAUUAAAUACUGAAGGAUCUCCUGA